UACGGGGGCUGGGCUCCGAGGGCGGUGCUUAGGCGUCGGAGAGAGGCUGGGGGAUCUGGAGGCGGGGCUUGUGGAGCUCGCCCCACGCGGGGCGGGGCUCCUGAGGCCCCGGGAUCUGCAGUUUGGACUCCCCGCGCCACAGUCGCCGCAGCUACCUCCACUCUGGUGGUCCCGCGGCCCUGCAUGGAGUCUGGGGGUCGGCUGGCCUCUCGGACUUGGCGCGGGGCCGGCCCCGCCUUUCCCUCCCACGGUGGGGCCUAGACGGUCGGGGCUGCGGGGACAUGGAGCCCUCUCCCACCACUGGGGGCUCGGAGACCACUCGCCUGGUGAGCCCCCGGGAUCGCGGCGGCGCCGGUGGCAGCCUGCGUUUGAAGAGUCUCUUCACAGAGCCCUCUCAGCCCCUCCCUGAGGAGCAGAAUCCUGUGGAGAUGCCCUUCCACCACUGCCACAGGGACCCCCUGCCGCAGCCGGGUCUCACCCCAGAGAGGCUGCAGGCACAGAGGCAACUGUGUGCCGCCUGCGCUGUGUGCUGCAUCUUCAUGGCUGGGGAGGUGGUCGGUGGGUAUUUGGCACACAGCCUGGCCAUUAUGACUGAUGCAGCCCACCUCCUGGCAGAUGUGGGCAGCAUGAUGGGCAGCCUGUUCUCCCUUUGGCUCUCUACCCGCCCAGCCACCCGCAUCAUGACCUUUGGCUGGCACCGCUCAGAGACUCUGGGGGCUUUGGCCUCUGUGGUCUCCCUCUGGAUGGUCACUGGCAUCCUCUUGUACCUGGCCUUCAUCCGCCUGCUGCACAGCGACUACCACAUCGAGGGGGGUGCCAUGCUGCUGACCGCCAGCAUCGCAGUCUGUGCCAAUCUGCUGUAUGUUCCAGCCUGGAGCAGGCACUACGUGGGACUCAGGGCGACAGAAUGGCCUUUGUGCUGCACCAGGCCGGCCCCCCCCACAGCCAUGGGUCUAGGGGUGCGGAGUAUGCACCGCUGGAAGAGGGGCCCGGGGAGCCCCUGCCCCUGCCCCUGGGGAACACCAGCGUCCGGGCAGCCUUUGUGCAUGUGCUGGGGGACCUCCUGCAGAGCCUUGGGGUACUUGCCGCCUCCGUCCUCAUCUACUUCAAGCCCCAGUACAAAGCGGCCGACCCCAUCAGCACCUUCCUCUUCUCCAUCUGCGCACUUGGCUCCACAGCUCCCACCCUCCGAGAUGUUCUUCGCGUCCUCAUGGAAGGUAGCCCCCGAAAUGUGGGAUUUGAGCCCGUGCGGGAUACACUGUUGUCAGUGCCAGGAGUCCGAGCAACUCAUGAGCUACAUCUGUGGUCCCUUACGCUCACUUACCAUGUGGCCUCUGCACACCUGGCCAUUGGUGAGUCCACACUGGCCCCUUCCCCUCCCCCUCCAAACCUAGAAAGAUAGCCUGAAUUACUGGGGCUUUUUCAGUGUCUCUGUCUUUCUUGUCUCUGUCUCUCUCUCUCUCUCACACAUGCAUGCUGGAGACAAGGAGCCCUGGACAGGGAACCAGCAAUCCUUGAAAAGAUCCCUAGUGCCUAUAGGCCUAGUGAUGGGCCUGGUUAGGUCAAUUAUGGCAGCUCCACUCAGUACAGGCAUCAUGUAACUAUUAAAAAUGAUGAUUAUGAAAACUGUGUGGCAACUAGGGAAAAUGUUUAUGGUCUAAUGCAAUGAGAAAAAGCUAAAUAUAAAUUUUUAUCUACAUUAUGAUUCAACUAUUUAAAAUAUAUAUGGUGACUCACAAGCUGACGAAGAUUUUUGAGUUUCUUCCAGCUGCAAGAAGCAAUCAAGAGAAAUGUAAUUGGAUGCCAGAAAUAUUAUACUUUGUGGAAUAUUUGAUGGUAACUCUAGAGGGGCAAUGGGGAGAAUAUGUAACAUCUGGAUUGUCCUGGAAAAUUGAGUAGUUUGGCUGCUGGAACAUAUAGCUGUAUGUUGAUACUCAAAAAGCAGGAGAGAAUAGAAAAAUAAGAAGAGCUUAGUGCAUUAAUGUGGUCGAUUAGGGGUGAGUCUUUCCAACCUUUGAUGUUUUUAUGCUGUCCAUACAAAUCAGAAAGCAAAACCCCCCAUUCAAGCUGGCUUUAAUGCUGUGCAAACCCUUGGGUGCCCCUUCA